CCGGUAUUUUGUGAGGGAAGGGAUCCUCCUAUGUUUUAUCAUCAGCUGCCUGUUGUAUCUCUUUUAUAUAUAUAAUGUGGCUCCAGGGAACGAUUUGCCUCGCGCUGUUGGGGAGUUUUAUGGCGAGCGGCCUCCGCCUUCCCGUCGGCCUGGCAGCGGAACAAGAAUUGGUGAAAGGCGAAUCGAAGGAACAGAAAUUAACCGAAGAGACGAACAGUAAAGAGGCCCCAGAGGCUCCUCCGGCGGGCGACGCAGCAGGAGGCGCCGAGGAGAGCCCGAGAAAACCCGAGGAACCGCUCAAUAACCGAAGUCCCGGUGAGAACGCGGAGGUCGAUUCUCGUCCGUCUGGGUCCGGCGCCGAGACUCCCACGCCCGCCCUCGGUCAGGAGGGGCGUUCAGUGUCCAGGACCCGCCGUCUUCGGGAGAGGGACAGGGGCAGGGAGUGGAGGCGGACAAGGAUGGAUUGAUAACUCGCGACCACCUCCUCACCGCCCCCCAGCCGCCCCCCCAGCUGGAAAAGACGUACCGCCUCAGCACCGGCCUCGGCAAGGAACCGCCCCAGCAGGCAGCAGGCAGCCACGAGGAGCACCUGAGUGAGGAGGACCUGAGGACGAUGUUCUUGGUGAGCGGGAAGGGCAGCAGCACCCUGACCCCUGGCUGCGCCUUCGCCCACUUCACGGUCAAGUCAAGAUGCUCUGGUAACCUCCUGGAGCUGGCCCUGUCCACCCGUGACCCUGUUCGAGGUCAGGUCAUGUUGAAGGAGGCAGACGAGACGGUGGAGAUGAACGGGACCCACAUGGUUGUGUACGGCGUGUGGGUGGGGCGGAAAAACCCCUCCAGCCGGGCGUGGAAGCUGGAGAAGAACGUGCACAGGGCGGACGUGCGGGCGGAGUGCGAGAGGUGCGACAGCAUGGGCGUGCGAGUCAUACUAACGAGCGGCCCCAAGACCUGCUCCAUCGACGUCUCGUGUCUGAAGAAGGGCUCCUCCAGGAUGGUCGAACUCGAGCCUUCCACGCUCCUCAAAGCCUACGGGAAGGCGGGGGGCGCUGCAGGCGGCGACGAAGGUGCAGGGGAGAAGGCCGAGAGUGAGGAUGCCGUGUCCAACACCGCCAAGACCACCAUGAACAUCAUGCACGGUGACGAGAUGGAGGGCGUCCCCGUGUCGGCGAGGCAGCCUCUGGGCACCCAUAUGAGCCUGGUGAUCAGCGUGCUCACCCGGGACAUCACCCUCGACCUGCACGUGAGCCAGUGCGAGGCCCGCAGCGAGGACGGGAGCGCGGUCGUCUUGGUACAGGACGGCUGCAGCGCCUCCAGAGUGAUGGGCGAGUUCCGCGAGGUGCUGGGCGUGGUCCACGACGAAACCUUCGGCGAGCACACCGUCAGGAAGGUCACGCAGUUCGCCACCAUGAUGGCCUUCAACACCAAGAUCGAACCGCAGACCAUGACGGUGAUCUGCAAUGUCAAGCUGUGUGGCGGGGAGUGCGCCGAGAGGCCGGCGUGCGUGAGCUCCGAUAUCAACCUGGGUCGGGGGAAGCGCCCCCCGGUCCCCCUCUUCGAGAAGGCGGUCACGCUCGGGAAGGUGUUCCAAGUGGGAGGCCUACCUGACGAGCCGAGCCAAGAAAUGCUGGCCAUGAUCCUGACGAGCGCGGAGAAGGGGCUGCCGGGCCAGCCGCGGGACGGGAAGCCGGUAUUCCUGUUCGACGACUGCGUCCCCCCGCGCACCUUCUACAUCUUCAUGGGCCUCCUGUCGGCGCUCUACCUGCUGGUACUCCUGGCGUGCAUCUACUGCGUCCGUCGCACCACCUCGAAGACGGUCACGAAGAAGUUCGUCGAUGACUACGAGUCCCCGCCGCGCUCGCUCUACCAGGAGUACAACUCGCCCAGGAAGAGGCACGCCCCUCCCCGACUACCUGUCCUUCUCGCUCCACGCAAGCGAUCGCCUCGGGGUCAGGUCCCACCAGAACUGAGGUUGCACGAGCGAUGGCGCAGGGCGAGGCGAGGCGGUGGGGGUGCCACGACCCACGCAAGUCGAGGGGGAGGCACUUGCAUUGGUGUUGGCGUUCGCCUUUUAUAUUAGGCAGAUGUGCUUACAGUUCACGCAACGAACUCUGUGACUUGCAUCUUUGCUACGGAACCUUCUAGUCUUGUUUUUCUAUGUUCUUUUAGUCUCCCUCUUUCGCCUUUUAAACAGCAGGUCCACGCACUAUUUCCUCGCCUCUUUUCGAUAGCACUUCCCUCUCCCUUGUCCUCUCGUGCUCCCCGCUCCUUGCUUUGCAUCUCUCCUUUCCUUUCCCCUUCC